GAACCAACCAGGAAACAGCAUAUACAACCCCAACUAUAGAGGAGAGAGAAACAGAGUAUUAUUAUACACAUCCAUUUCAUAUAAAUAUAGAGAGAGACCUCACAAAAAAGGGAGUAAACUAAACAAAACAAAACAAAACAAAACUAAACUAAACAAAAAACCCAUCAAAAUUUAUUAAUCAAAGAAAGAUUUGAGAGAAUAUGGAAGUUGGUCUGAUGAAAAUGGAGGAAACAGAGCUGAACCUCGGGCUCGGGCUUGGGCUCGGGCUUCGUGAGAAAUUGGCUGAUACUAAGAGUAGUAUUAGUGGUGUUGGAAAUAAAAGAGGAUUUUCUGAAACUGUUGAAUUGAAACUCAACAAUAAUUCUGCAACAAAAAAGGAACAAUCUGCAACUUCAACUCCUUUGGAUCUGAUGAAGAACAAUACUGAUAAAUCUGCUGCUAAUGCUGUUUCUUCUGCUAAUGAGAUUUCUUCUAAAGUUGUUGUUGAUCCUGUUAAGCCUCCUGCCAAGACACAAGUUGUGGGAUGGCCACCAGUGCGAGCAUACAGAAAGAACAUGCUGGCUGUCCAAAAGACCACCGGCGGACCAGAUUCCGAGACUGAGAAGCCGAUGAACGGCGGCACCGGCGGGGCCCUCGUGAAGGUUAGCAUGGAUGGUGCACCUUACCUACGUAAGGUGGACUUGAAAAUGUACAACAGUUACCAACAACUCUCUGAUGCUUUGGGCAAGAUGUUCAGUUCUUUCACCAUAGGAAACUAUGGAGCUCAAGGUAUGAUUGAUUUCAUGAAUGAGAGCAAGCUGAUGGAUCUCCUUAAUGAUUCUGAUUACGUUCCAACGUAUGAAGACAAGGAUGGAGAUUGGAUGCUCGUUGGUGAUGUCCCAUGGGAGAUGUUUGUGGGUUCAUGCAAACGACUUCGCAUUAUGAAAGGAAAGGAGGCUGCUGGACUUGCUCCAAGAGCUAUGGAGAAGUGCAAGAACAGGAGCUAAGCUAGAAAAAAGAAUGGUACAGCAGCCUGCUCUUUUGAUCUCAAGGGCCACCACCAACAGAUGGAUUGAGCAGGGUGAAUUUGUAAUUUCAUGUGUACUUGUUUUCUUUUCACCCCUUUUUUUUUUAUUUCUUUUAUUUUUUGAAUUUUCUUGUAUUAUGAUUUUUAUAUAGAAUUAUGGAUAUUAUUAUUACUACUUUUAAAAGGGAGUUAUGUGAGUUGUAUUAAUUAUGGUGCUGAAAUUUAUGACUAGACAUAGAAAAACAGUAACUAAGACCAUGUUUGGCCCAAAAUGUUUUUAAUUGUGUUUAUGUUUUUACUUUGUAUUAAUAAUAAUUAAUUAUUUUUGCUUUAA